CACACACACACACACACACACACAUACACACACACACACAUACACACACACAAGCUUCCUGUAUCACACCUUCACAGUGCAGUUUUCAUCCCCGCGGCUCCUCGGUCUCAGCGUAGAGAGAAAAUGCAGGCGAUAAAGUGUGUGGUGGUCGGAGACGGUGCUGUGGGUAAAACAUGUCUGCUGAUCAGCUACACCACCAACGCCUUCCCUGGAGAGUACAUCCCCACUGUCUUUGAUAACUACUCUGCAAAUGUGAUGGUGGACAGCAAACCUGUGAACCUGGGACUCUGGGAUACAGCAGGACAAGAGGAUUAUGACAGGCUCCGCCCCCUAUCCUACCCACAAACGGACGUAUUUCUCAUCUGUUUCUCUUUGGUCAGUCCGGCGUCCUUUGAGAACGUCAGAGCUAAAUGGUACCCAGAGGUGCGGCACCACUGUCCCUCUACACCCAUCAUCCUGGUGGGAACCAAGCUGGAUCUCAGGGACGAGAAGGAGACGAUCGAGAAGCUGAAGGAGAAGAAAUUGGCACCAAUCACCUACCCACAAGGGCUCGCUCUGGCCAAGGAGAUCGAUGCGGUGAAGUACCUGGAGUGCUCAGCUCUGACCCAGCGUGGACUGAAGACCGUGUUUGAUGAAGCGAUCAGAGCCGUACUCUGCCCCCAGCCCACUAAAGUGAAAAAGAGCACCUGCUCACUGCUAUGAGAUCUUCAGAAGUUUAUGAAUCAAACAUCAACUAAAAAUCCAUUUGUUGGAGUUUUAUUACAGCUGAAAUAUGUGAUGGAUUUAUUCUGCAGUAAUAAUAAUAAUAAGAAGAAGAAGAACAGAUAUUGUUUGCAGACCAUAAGUGUGUGUGUGUCCUUGGACACGACCUGAUGAUGUAUUGUGUAUUUUUCUGUGGAUCUAAAAUCUUCUUUCGUUCACUAUAAUGUGGGUGUAUUUAACCCCCCAAACCCCCCAUGAUGUGUUCAGUGUCUCUAAAGAGAAUGUUUCUGUUUUUAAACUCUGUGCAACAUAUAAAAUAAAUAAAGCUGAAACAGGA